AUGGAGCCUAUUUCAGAGCAGAAUUACGUAUCCACGCUUACGUUCAGUGUUGUUUGUUCUCAGUUCGAGAGCAGCUCUUUAGCCGUAAGGCCGCUGCCAGUCCAGACCAUCGUCCGUACUUUUGAUAAAGCCUCCACCAACUUGAGCUUAAAUGGACGCUGGCAUUGCGUUUUCGAGGAGACUAAGCGGCAUUAUCAAAACACUACUCAGCUCUCAUUAUCACUCAAGUGGAUACCAAUCAAAUACCUUGGUGGGAUCUCAGAAGAAGGAACUUACAGCACCGAUAAUGACAAUAUAAUGACACUCAAUCCUGCGUGUGAGCUUAUACGCCGUAUUAGAAGCAUCAAAGUCCGUUCAGACUCAACACUAUCCGAGCUCCUUUUUGCCCAGAUGGAUGGCGAUUGCAUCUUGAAUGGUGAAUUCAUCAAAGUCCGACUACAGCCAAACCGUGUGCUUAGAAAUGACCGGUACAAGUUCAGGAUUAGCUUCUAUACUCAAGAUAUAUCCUACGCACGUUUCCUGGGACGUCCCAUUUUUUUUACAUUCAUGGAUAUUGACACAUUCUUUGAUCCAGUUCAGUAUUUACCUAACGACCUCCCUGAUAUUUUCUUUCAGUUCCCAGCAUACGAAUCCCAUGAAGAGAUCAUCACUAUCCAAGCUCACUCUUCAAUGAUUUGUAGAAGUCAAUAUUUUGCGCAGCGCUUGGCGGAGGUAGCAGGAAAUAGUUGGCGUGGUUCCACAGCCUUUCGUGUCAUCAACUGUAUGAUAACAGAGUUUAGACCACCAGUAUUUCGCGUCAUGCUUCGAUUCAUAUAUACUGGACGUUUAUUAAUCGAAAAGCAUUCACGAAGAAAUAAGCAAAUCGUAUCAUCUCUGCAUUCCACAAUAUCAACCCAACAAGCUCAGGGACCUGUGGCUAUCGGAAAGGUAAAAACAAAUGAGGGGCAUCAACAGAAAGGACGUCAAUCCGAUGUGGUGUAUUUUGAAGACUUGUAUCGGAUAUCCGAGCGGUACGAGAUACCUGAGUUGAGGGCUCUUUCAUUAAAAGCAAUUCAAUGUACACUAAACAUGUCGAUUGCUAUUGCAAUGAUUGCGAAGCAAUCAUCUGAUCCAAGAAAAGCUGAUGUAUCAAAAGAUGAUGGCAAUUACGUCCAUUAUCAACAGCAGAAAUCAACAGAGGAUGAAGCGGAAGAGAUGAAACCAGCUGUUCGACAAGAGUAUUACAUGAAAAUUCAGAAGGAGCUCGUUAAGAAUAUGGUGAAAGAGUAUAUUCAGUUCUUCGCAACAGAAGCUUCAAGGUUGACAAUCAAAGACAUGACUUCAACACCUGUUCUCUCUGCGCAAGAAGGCUUACAGAUGGUUCGUGUGGUUGGGGACCUUGUGCUAGAGAAUGCCUAUCGCCUGUGGGAAUAG